UAUUGAAACAGAGUCGCAGUUCUCUGAGAGAGAUACAGUAAGAGAGAUACAACGAGGAAAACAUCCCACGUUCGCCACCUACCUGUUGAAUAUCACCGCACGUUUAAUUUGCAACUUUGGGGUUGGGUUGACGAGUCACUCACUGUCGAAGAACAAAGUCGAACCUGGGAAAAGGAGAGUCAGUCGAGUUUUUGUCGAGGUAAAUGCGGAAGGAAGGACGAUUUGUGGAAGAGGUAGCCAUUCCAAUGUUCUAGCCGGACAGACAGACCACCGGAUUUAUCAACCGAUCAAACAGAUUUAUUGACGCCAAAAACACAAUGCCUUUAGGACUGAGACGAAAGAAGAACAAGUCGAGAGAGAGCUCGAACCUGGUGGAGAAUGAGGAGGUCGGGGGACACGCAGCUGGGAGCUCCGUGAAGUCGACGGUAAACGGAGCGGGGCUCCCACCACCACCUGCUAACCUGCGGCCCAAACUAGUGUUCCACACUCAGCUAGCCCACGGCAGCCCCACGGGAAGGAUCGAGGGAUUUACUAACGUCAAAGAACUCUACGGGAAAAUAGCCGAUACGUUCAAUUUAAGUCCGCCAGAGAUCCUGUUUUGUACUCUGAACACCCAUAAGAUCGACAUGGAGAAGCUGCUUGGUGGUCAGAUCGGCCUGGAGGACUUUAUAUUCGCCCACAUUAAAGGGAUUAAGAAGGAAGUGGAGGUGUUUAAAUCAGAGGAGGCCCUGGGACUCACCAUCACAGACAACGGGGCGGGAUACGCCUUCAUCAAGCGUAUCAAGGAGGGCAGUGUGGUGGACAAUGUGAAGGUGAUCUCUGUCGGAGACCACAUAGAGUGCAUCAACGGGAAGAACAUAGUGGGAACACGUCACUACGAGGUGGCUCGCAUGCUGAAGGAGCUGCCGAAGGAGCAGAAGUUCACCCUCAAACUGGUGGAGCCCAUGAAGGCCUUCGAGAUGCUGGAGCCGAGGUCGAAGGGAGUCAAGCCGGACAGUGACAAUAAGUUGGGGACAGGGAGAGGGACUCUGAGACUGCGCGCCAAAGGACCUGCUACCGUCGAGGAAAUGCCGACAGAGUUUGAGGAGAAAGCGGUGAAGAAGGUGGAUGACUUGCUGGAGAGUUACAUGGGUAUCAGAGAUACAGAACUGGCGGCGACCAUGGUAGAGGUGGGUCGGGACAAGAAGAACCCUGAUGAGUUUGCCAUGGCUCUGGACGAGGCUCUCGGAGACUUCGCCUUCCCUGACGAGUUUGUGUUCGACGUCUGGGGCGCCAUUGGAGAUGCCAAACAGGGACGUCUUUAAUGUUUUUAACUGAUUACCCAGAUCACCUAGCCUGGUCCAAGACAGCACAAACACAUCUGGGACCAGGCUACCAACCCCUGCUCCAGUGGACAAAUAUCAGCCAGUAGAGAAAGAGGGGUGGGUUUUGUAAGGGGUGGGAAUCACCAGGGACAUCACGCGACGACACAACAUUAUGUAUUGCGAUUCUGUGAUUUUAUUCUCAAUUUGAUGUUUCCGAACAUAUUGCUCACUAAAUGUCUGCUGCAGAAGGACAAGCUAGAGAAUGAGGAAAUUAGUUUUAAAAUAAGUCACUAUGUAAAAAAGAUAAACACACAAGACAAACUAUAGGAUGGAAAAUACCAGAAUUUUUUUUGCGCAGGUACAUCCGACUAACGCUAGCUAACACUACCUUUGAAAAUGAAAAAAAUCGAUACUUAAAGGAGUCAAAGCAUCUACAUAAUAUUAUAAUUUUAUUCCUCUAUUGUUGUUGUUAUUGUUAUUAUUAUAUACACCCUCGAAGACAGAAUCACUUAUUGAUCAGUCAUGUCCCACUCAACCUAUUUCUCUGGAAUACAUCCCAAAUGUAAACACUAUUCCCUGUAUAGUGCACUACAUGGAACCCUAUUCCCUUUAUAGUGCACUACAUGGAACCCUAUUCCCUUUAUAGUGCACUACAUGGAACCCAAUCCCUUUAUAGUGCACUACAUGGAACCCUAUUCCCUUUAUAGUGCACUACAUUGAACCCUAUUCCCUUUAUAGUGCACUAUUUGGCACCCUAUUCCCUUUAUAGUGCACUACAUGGAACCCUAUUCCCUUUAUAGUGCACUACAUUGAACCCUAUUCCCUUUAUAGUGCACUAUUUGGCACCCUAUUCCCUUUAUAGUGCACUACUUGGCACCCUAUUCCCUUUAUAGUGCACUACUUGUCCUUUUCCACGGGUUACAAACACUACUUCUAAUAACUGGUGUGAAUUGUAAUGUACUAAUGAUCACAUACUACUGUUAAUCGUGGCUUUUUUAUAUUGUGUUUUCAAAUGUCGCUGUGGAGUUUUAAACCCCAUCAGAUCCCCCAUCAGAAACAGAUGCUGUGCGGUCUUCAUAUGUCCCAACGCCUCACAGACGACUGUUUUAUUUAGACACGACAGAGAAGUCAAACCAAUAGUUUGGUUUUUAAUCUAGCUAUGGAGGGUCCACUUUCCAGCUAACAUUCCUUCACUCUUUGUGGCAUUUUUUGUUGUUGUACAGGCUGCUUAGUAUAUAAUUAUCUUAUAAUAGAUAAAUACUUAUUUUUGUUUAUUUAUUUGUUCAAAUAAACUUUCAUUUAUUUUUAAGCUGGAAAAUGUUUUAUAAAAUCUCAAGACAGACGAUUGGAAUUCGACAGAAAUCUUGAAAAGGGUUUUGACUUGUGGCCAAUUGCAAUUCAUAAUGUCCGACACUGUCGAAAGAAACUAGUAGAUUGAAUUGACACAGUAAUUAAUUCUUACUGUAGUAUGUGUAUCGAGUUGUUUUUAGAGAGGUUUACUACUGAACACAACUUCAGUGUUUUAUGGAAAUACUUUAAGGGAUCACUGUUAGACAAAAAAAAUAAAUGUACUAUUCUCUA